AUGUCCUUUUUAGACGACACCAAAAAGAUCAGCUCUACAGCUAACGAAAUUAAUAAUGACAGAAAAAGAUUGCAAACGUAUUGGUGGUUAGAACAGAAUAUGGAUGUCAUCAUUAAACUGGUCGUCUUCACUGCUGCUUUAUUCAUAUUACCCAUUGUUACAUAUUAUUUAACACUCAACAAAGCCUUCCACGGUAAUGCUACUUACGCUGCUGUCGCUGCUGUUGGUGUUGCCAAUGCCGUUGUGGUUGCUUACAUCAUUACUGCUUUCUUUGAAAAGCAAAAAGACAAGAAGGAUUAG